AUAUCUCGCACCUGCACUACGCUGCGGUCGGUGGUGGUGCAUUGCUCCAGUCUUGUGUACCUGUUGGGCGGACUGAGGGGAGUUGCAUCCCACGUCAUUGUCGUCACAGCUGCGCUUCACUUCCACGCCUGCGACUCUCCUCCCCCGGUCUCUUUUCGUCUUGCCUCUUUCAACUCGCACAAGACUCGGCUACGGAGCAAAGUGACAAGAUCACACUCGACUGAGCUGUGGAAAAGCAGAAACCAAACAGGAAAAGAGAAAAAAGAGGACGAGAGAGUGAAAAUGUCAGACGACGAGGGACAGGGCCUCGCCUACAAGGUGUACAUCACGGCGCCGGAGCUGGACGAGGCGACCGUCAUCAGCGCGCUCUGCGACGACGACGAAGAGGACGCGGACAACUUCAAGGUCGAGACGCUCGCGGGACACCCGACGCAGGCCGUCAUCCGGCAUCACCGCGCGGGCAAUCACGACGACGACGUCAACGCCAAGCUGCUCCUGGUGUUCGACUCGGACGACCUGGAGGAGCGCGGCGCCCUGCUCGUGUCCCUGGACGAGUACCACGGCUUCGACGACGGCGUGCGGCUGCCGCCCUCGGACGCCAACAACUCCAUCAGCUCGCUGAGCAUCGCCAACGAGGACUGGUACACGCUGCGGCAGGACGUGCCCGACGAGAAGACGGACGCGACGCCCGUCGAGUGGUUCGCGCUGUACGACGCGCUCCCCAAGGACGAUCGACGGGGGAACUUCGACGCCGCGCUGCGGGCCAUGAACAAGGGCGUCCAGGACGUGGGCGCGGACGAGCCCGACGAGGAGGGCGACCCGGACGAGCUGCCGCGCUUCUACAAGGCGGCGCGCGCGGAGGCCGGAGACGACAUCGAGCGCAUCGCCGACGGGCACGCGGCGUACGCGGAGGAGCACGGCGUCGACGCGGCGCGCUUCGCCGCCAUCGACGCCGACUACGAAGCCGACGGUGCGCUGUUCGUCCAGGUGGAGCCCGAGUGGGACUCGUUUCGCUGCAGGGGCGACGUCGCCGGGGAGAUUCUGCGAUGGAUCUACGUGAAUCUGAUGACCUGGGACGAGGCCAGGGAGUUUGCAGGGCGGCAGUAGGGCUGG